GAGAGAGAGAGAGACUAGCUGUAGCGUAGCCUAGGUACCAGCACCGGAGGAGACCGGGUAGAAAGUGAUGUGAUCUGAUACGGGUAGGUACGUGUGGAAAAGUGGGCAUCACUUCUCUGUCCUAUAUCAGUGUCGUCGUUUAAGCGGUGGCAUAGAAGCACGAUUGUCAAACGCGGUGAGUGAAUUCAUGUACGUAAAAUGUAGGGGUUGUGAGUGCGUUGCGCCGUUCGCCUUUCAGUGCGGUGAUGUGAUGGGGAGAAUCUUGGGUGGGAGAGAGACAACAGAAGAUGUGCUACGUCUGUUAUUGACACUGCCUUUGUAGCUUGUUUUCGGAAUUGACAACAGAUUGACGACCCUUCUGCAAUAUAGGACGUUCCUGCCUGAUUUAUAUUGAAAUCGGUGAGGCUACAAGGAUGACGGUUUGCAGGGAUUCCCUCUCCAGUUGAACUCUUGACCUCUCGUCACUCAUGAUGUCCGUCCACACCCCCCCGCUCUCCCGCAGUGGCUCCUCCCCUUCUUCUGUCGGCUUGGCCAAUCGCAGCGGUCCCCCUGCCGCCCCUCCCACCUCCCUCAGUCUGCGCUCGUCCUACAACCAACUACUGGGCCAUGACAUCAUAAAGGAGUCCCCUACCGCCAUGGAAACGGGGAGUUCCGCCACUUUACCCAAGAGUCGCCAUAGAUACGCCAUGACCAGUGUGCAUAGCGCCAUGGGACUGAGCGGCAGACGCCUCCCCACCAAGUCCUCUUCAUCCUCUGCUCUCUACUCCUCCUCCUCUUCCUCAUUCUUCUCCACCAACUCCAAGCUGGCAAAGGAUGGUGCCAACCUGCAGCGGAAGGCCGAGACACAGCAACAGGAGCAGAGUAAAACCAACACAGAGGUCAAAGAGCAGGAUGACAUCAUCACCCCCAUACACAGCUCUGAUUGGAUGGAGGGGGAGAACUCACAGGACCCGCCCCCAUUCUGUCGGAGGACAAAGAGCUUUCUGGAGUUCCAUGAAAAGGAAGAGGACCCACCCAGUGGAGGAAACAAAGAGGAAGACUCUCCUAGUGGAGGCAAUAAGGAAGAAGAUCUUCCCAGUAAGGAAGAGGAGGAAGGGGAUGAGAAGCACCCCUGCCCUGAGAAAGACCAGGUCAGCUCGGAUAAAGAGAGAGAGAGACCGGAGGAGGAGAAACAGACCCCAAAACAGGAGGAUUACGAAGAGGAAGAGGGUGCCACUCCACCUGCUGCACAGCCUUUACUACAGGGGGUCCACUCUCCCGCCAUCUCUCCCCUAAACAAUCUCAACUGGGCCCAAGAGAACAAGAUCCAGAGUUGCCCCCCACUUCAGGGCAGAGAGGAGGCCCUAACCCAGGCCCAGGGUUACCCACACAGCGUUGAGACGCCCCCCAAACCCCCCCGAAGUGCACAGGCUCCCCCGCCCAGAGUGAUCAAGGUGGAGCUGCACCCCAACAAUGAGAACCCGUACCUCCCCCGCUCUGCACCCCAGAAGCAGCCCAGGGGGGAGGAGAGCACCCCUCUUCUGCUCCAGAUCCCCCCAUCAUCCUUCAGCCCGGAGAGAGGAGCUCCUCAGCUGGGUAGUCUAGGUACGAAAGUGGAGUCUCCCCUGGAGGAUGAGGACUCCAGCUGGACCACCCUGUCCCAGGAGAGCCCCUCCCCUCACACCCCACAAGAAAUAGCAGAUGUGUGGGGUGAGGGGGACCUUCCCCCAGGCUGGCGUGAGGUCACAGACAUAUCGGAGGUCUACUUCUGGCAUGUCCCUACUGGCACCACCCAGUAUGACCGCCCUGUCUCCACCACCACCAACCAACACACACACCUCCACCCACUCCCUGACUCACAGCAGGGCGACACAGUCACCCUGAGACCGCUCAGCGAGCGUCCCAGCAGUUUGAUAUCAGACAGUUCAGUGGAACCUGUGCCCUCUCCCUCCGGGUCCUCCUCCUCCUCCUCUCCCUCUGAUGUCAUUCUGCCUGUCCGAGGCUUUGACAACACCACCUGCACUGAGUUGAAGGACUACCCAGUCUAUCCUGACCCCAGCCUGAAAGCUUUUGAAGGAGCUACUCUCCGUUAUGCCUCACUGAGACUGCACCCUGCCCAGUUAGAUACAGUGGACCUCAACAGUGCCUGCACUGACCCAGAGGGACAGUCGUUCCCAGUGCGUUCCCUGGGCUGGGUGGAGAUGGCAGAGAGAGACCUGACAGAGGGGAGGAGCAGUGUGGCUGUCCAUCACUGUAUCAGGCAGUUGUCGUACUGUAGGAGGGACAUACGAGACUCGGCAGGGGUCUGGGGAGAGGGUAAAGGCAUGCUGCUGGUGCUGCAGGACCGUGAUCUGACCCUGGUCCACCCGGACGACCGCAGCAUGCUCCACUCUCAGCCAAUCAGCAGCAUCCGUGUGUGGGGCGUCGGCCGAGACCAUGACAGGGAAAGGGACUUUGCCUAUGUGGCGAGAGACAAAAACACACGGGUGUUGAAAUGCCAUGUGUUUCGAUGUGAUACCCCUGCAGAAGCCAUAGCAACGAGUCUCCACGAAAUCUGUUCCAAGAUUAUGGCUGAGAGGAAGAGUGCGAAGGCUGCUGCCUGCAGCUCAUCCCAAACAGGCUCCGAUGUUCCUCUCCAGGAGUUUCCCGUCCCAAAGACUGAGCUGGUGCAGAAGUUCAAUGUGCACUACCUGGGGAUGACGUCUGUGUCUCGCCCCAUAGGUAAGAGAAGUAUGGAUAUUAUCAACGGGGCUAUAGAGAGCCUGGUGUCCUCCACAGGAAAAGAGGACUGGACUCCUGUCAUACUGAGUGUGGCUGACGCCACCGUGGCUGUCAUCAAGGAGAAGGAAGAGGAGGAGGAAGUGCUGGUGGAGUGCCGCGUGCGUUUCCUGUCCUUCAUGGGAGUGGGCCGGGACAUCCACACCUUUGCUUUCGUCAUGGACUCUGGGAACCAGCACUUCCAGUGCCACGUGUUCUGGUGUGACCCCAACGCUGGCAGUGUGUCUGAGGCCGUGCAGGCUGCUUGUGUGCUGCGGUAUCAGAAGUGUCUGGUGGCACGCCCCCCCUCCCAGAGAGCUGGCUCCUCCUCCCCGCCCCCCGACUCUGUGACGCGCCGGGUGACCACCAGCGUGAAGCGUGGCGUCCAGUCUCUCAUAGACACUCUGAAAACAAAGAAAACGCCCUCAGAACUGCCUCAGCAAUGACGGACAGCUCACUGACCACACCCCCUACCACAGCCCCUGGCUUUGUCACUCACACUAUCGCCACAACUACGACCUACAACCACUCCUAACCAAUACCAGCCAUGGUAACCAACGAUGUACAUACAUGUUAACACCACUGGGCAGACCAAAGGAGGAAUGGAUCUGGGAAUGUAGAUCUGCUCAAAAUAAUAAAAAGUGAACUAAUCUGCAGAAGAAGAAGAGGAAGGCCAAGCUACAGCAGAAUGAUGUGCUGCUAAUUUGGGCCAUCAUUAGUGGAACUUUCCAUUGAGAUUUGAACUCUGCCAUGACAUAGCGAGACUUGCCUACUUUAGCCAGGCCACAGCUGUCCUCACCGGGCACUGCCUCGUCUUGUGGAGUAUUAUUACUACUGAGCUUUAUGGAGUAUUAAGCCGAUGUCACACAAAGCAUUCUGGAUACAAUUUAUAUUGCUUGCAACGAAGUUGCACCUGUGUUGCACAGUGUGUCACCCCCCCCCCCCAAAUGUUUUGGGGCCUGCAAGAUAGAAAUGAAUCCUAUUUCACGCAACUGACUGUAUGCAGUGUCCAAUCAGUGAGCAGAAAAAAAAAGUUUACAUGUCUCGUCAUAUCGUUCCGUACGGAACUCUGACCCAGUUGUCGUGUCAACACAGCUGUAAGUGCUGCUGCAAACCACAACGAGACAUGCCAAAUGUCAGAAAAAAAUGGUCUAGUCAUGGUUUAUGUACAUGCUCUGGCAGUCGAUAAAUGUCAUUUUAAAAGUGAACCCAGACCUUUAUCUGUCCAGUUUCAACUGAAAUUGUCCAACAUGAACUGCGCUGGCUAGGUUAGCUCAUUGCUAGUUUAGUUAGCUAAAAACAAAAUAAAAAAAUAAAAAGUUUUGCUAGCUAGCGUGGUAAAACACAGCCCUUGAUCAUGACUCUCAGUUCCAUUACUUUAUACGUAAGAGUUAUUGGAUGAAGGCGUCUUCUCUACGGGGGAGUUUUGUUUAGAGCCCCGAUGCUCAAUCUGAACAUUAACGAGUCGCUUGCGGUACGGUUAUGGAAGCGUAAGGACCUUAUCUUUCAUAUCAUCGAGAAAUAAUAAAAUAAAAGGUUCAUUUGAUACACUGACUGUAGCAAGGUGUGUAUCUUUUUUUUAUUUGAAGGAUUCUUUCUCUUCUGAUGAAAGACAAGGGCCACAUGUUUUGAAAGCCUUGAUUAUUGACGUUUCUAAAUGUCUAAACACCGCGUCGGGAUUGUAGUCAACAUGAGCCAGUCGUGGGCUAAGCGAAAGGCUGAAAACUGUAGGAAGGCAGAAUGCCGUCUUGAGUUUGAGAGCUAGGUAAAAACAGACUUGGCAAUAGGAAACAUUCUAGCUUGCUAACUAAAUUGUACAGACAGCAUUUUUGUCUAUAUCGAUGCUGCUACAAUUGCCAAACGUUUGGAUAAACAAAUAAUUUAUGAAACCAUGAUGUGAUGUUUAACAGGACUGGAUGUUGCAUGCGAUUUAAAUUGCGUCCAAAUUGCUUCCUGUGACGCAGGCUUUAGACUAAUACUGAGACACACUGGACAUACCUGAGAAAAAUAACCAAUCCCCACUGAGUGCUGGCUUUGUUGCAUCAGGAAGCCCACACUGAAUGUGUGUUUGUUUAUCUACCCCUUUUUUGUACUUCUUGUACACAGUGAGAGCAGCCCUGUUCCCAUCGCAGUGCCAAACUGAGUAGCAUUCCAGAACGGGACACACACACAAUGGUCUCUUUAAGACGUCUGUCUCAUUGACGUGGAAACGGGACAUGCUUAUGGUAAAAGCCGGUCGCUAUGGACAAGGCCACUGACCAAUCGCCGCCAUCCAGCUGUUCUACCCGACCUGGUAACCUUUGAGCCUCAGACUCCAACAGAGACGUGUCACGGACUAUACAGCCAUGAUGUCCUAACAGAGACAGGAAGUGUACAGGACAUGGGAACCAAUGUAUUCCAUCCCAUCUGGCCCACAUAAGACUGAACCAAUGUCUCCCUUGAGAAGGGGUGCUCGGAUUGUACUAUACUUAUUGUAAAGUAAUGAUUGUACCCCAGGUUGGAGGUGAGAGGGAGGAAUGGGGUGGUGUUGGUAUUUCAUGUGUCUGUAAUCUGAAUGUGUGGGGAGAGAUAGAGAUGGAUCAUCAUUGGAGAGAGAGGUUACAGAGGAGGGUGUCAUUAUGGAGAAAGGUGCUCUGCACAAAAGCCUAACCACAUACACACACACACACACACACGGAGAGCUGACCACCCACUGUCUCCUUUAGGAUCCAGGUACACCUCUCUACACUCUUAACUCAACUCUGUGAAUGCAAUCCACUCCAACGUUAAAAACAUACGUGAAGAUAGUGUGAUUUAUGUGCUCUGUUCUUCACUCAUCUCUACACCAUGUAAUUGUAAUCUGUUGUGAAAAUAAAUGCAAUACCAAAACAA